AUGCAAAAAUUCAUAGUGAUUUUAAGCACAAUUAUUAGCCCAAUACUCAGUUUUAUUUAUCAAUCACUAGAUGAUUAUAUGACAUUAGGUUGGGAAAUCAACGGAAACUACAUAACUUUUAAUUUUCUCUGCACUGGAAGCUGAUGUGGACUAGGAUUGGCCAAUACCAUGUUUGGGUGUGACAUGUACAUAGCAAUUGGUGGCGGAAAUGUUACUGUCCCUAUUACUAUUUUGGACAUGUGGUCGGAAAAUCAUGAUACUCCAAAAUAUGACACAGAUUUCUGAACUGGAGAAUAUAAUAUCAUUAAUUCCACAGGCUAUUUCUAUCCUAACGUUAUUUUAAAGGAUACUGGCAAGACAGUGAAUUUUAUAAAUGCCAUAAUCAUAAAAUGGUGACAUUCCCAAAGGGAAUUUGAAAGCCUGCGGUUUCGGCUUACAUCCUGCGUCAGCAAUGGAUCCUUUAGUCGCUGUAGGCUUCAAAUAAGGCACAUCUCGCUCAUUCGUGAGCCUUCCAAGCUGGCAACACCAUUCAAGGCGUCCCUUCGUGCAAUUUUAUCAGCAAAAUAGGUUGAAUUAGCGACCUGUCGGCUUGGAACGUGUAAAAAUGGUGGAAGCUUAGGUUGCCAACUCAUAUUUGACUCUAAGUGGAACUCGCUGUGUUUAAAUCUUCUAAUGUCAAUUAUAAAUGCCACUUUUACAAGACUUUUAGACACAGGCGAUAUAUGGGACACUGUAAUUAUCCCAGGCCGAAGUAUAAAUAUCAAUUGGGCCUAUAGAACUAAAAACAGUGGCAAAUUUGAUGAGCAUAAUGGCUAUUCCCAAGGAAAAAUUAAUUUUGCAAAAAAUAUUGAGGACGAAACCUUCACAUCCUUAAGCAGCGAAAAAACAGGCCUUUCGCUCCAUGCAUUAGCUAUGACGGCGUUUUGGCUUAUUGUAGCUCCUAUAUCAAUUAUGGUCGCAAGAUAUUGCAAGCACCUUCGAUGUUGGUAUUUCUGCCACCUUAUUGGUUUUAGUAUAGUAAUUUUGGGUACUAUAAUCAGUGCUUCACUUACAUAUAAAAUCCAUACAGUUUCUUAUAUCCAAACAACAUCAAAGCCAAGGUACCAUUCAAGACUGGGUCUUAUUUUGACGUGUUUAGUUAUGGGACAAGGCAUUUUAGGCCUCCUCUGUAAAAUUCUGCAGAUUAAAUUUUCUGUUUAUGGGAUGAUUGCUCAUGCAAGAAGAGCUCACAAAGCAGUAGGAUAUGGAAUGCUUAUUGUCGGGCUUAUAAACUGUGCGUUUGGGUUUGAUAUUUAUAGCAGUUCUGGCGUUUACUUUGCAGGGCUUGCUAUUAUGCUAGUGAUUAUGCUGAUAUUUGAGCUCAGGCAUCAGCUUGCAUUUUGGAAGCCUUCAUUUUUGUGCUUAAAAACGCUUCCAGAUAUGACGCAUCAAGAAGCGAUGGAAAAAAUCAAUAAUGAAGGGCUAAAAAUAAUGUUUUAUGAGGAUCUUGUAAUGAAUGUCGGAAAAUUUAUUACUUCGCAUCCUGGAGGAGCAUUUAUGCUUAGAGAUACUAUAGGCGAAGAUGCAGGAAAAUAUAUGAUAGGCUGCAGUAAUAUAAAUGGAGACUUAAUGCCAUAUUCUCACUCACUCCCUGCUUUUGACUAUACAAGAAAGCUUGCAAUUGGCAAAAUCCCAUAUCCAGAAGGAUAUUUACAGAUAAUCGACGAAGAAGAAUCACAGGAUUGUAUGUUUUGGAAUGUUUCUUUUCAAGAAAAAUUAUCUGAAAAAAUCAAGCUCAUUUCUUUAUAUUCUCAGCAUUUUCGGCUUAGUCAGAGAGCCCACAAUCCAGCCUGGCUUGGAAAACAUUUUAAAAUUACUGCAACAAUUAAUUGCAUAGUGAUAUCACGAUACUACAGCGCAUUUUUCGCAAAUCUCCACAGCUGGGCUCAGGAACUUGACAACAGUGGGAAAUUGGCUAAAAAAUACCCUGCUUGUAAUGAAGGAAAUUUGCAGUUUAUUUAUAAAACUUAUGAGAAUGGCCAGAUGUCACAGUUUCUAGAUAAAAUAGAAGAUACUGAAGCUCUCGAAAUAAAAGGACCAGUUGGCCCUGGUUUAUUAUUAAAUUCAUUUUCUGGCAAUUUUGUCGGUUUCGCUGGCGGCACAGGUCUAGUCCCUUUUUUAGAUGUAGCUUACCAUCUGUGAUUAAACAGAAAAAACCCUCCUGCGAUGAAAUUCACAUUGUUUGCGUCUUUUCGUAAUUUUGAUGAUUCGUUUUGCAUGGAUCUACUGGAUGCAACUUCAAAUGCUUUAGGAGAGAAUCGAUUUAAGCUAAUUCAGGUUAUUGAUAGAAAAGCUAAAGAAAUGAACUUGACCGAGCUAGUUAAAAAAUAUGCAGGAACUAAGCCUGAUGCUGCUUGGGUGUGUGGCCCUUCAGGCUACAAUAAUUUUAUCAAAAACCUUCUAAUUGAAGGAGGCUUAGAAAGAAACAAAAUAAUAGUGAUGUAA